AUGACGUCCUGGGCGGAUAUUCAGAAACUCGCAUCUGAUCUUCAACGUGUUCAGCUGUCGCAUUCUUCUAAAAAGUUAUCUGAAGUGAACUGCAUUGAAGUUCUACAGAAGCUUAUUGCUUCUCAACAAAUCGAUGUCGUGUACACAAGAGAUGGUCAUAGUUAUGUGACAAAGAAGCACUUGGAAACGGAGGUGUUUAUUGGAUUCUUACACAAAAAAAAAUCAGUCAAAAUUAAAAAUGUAUCGAAAAGAAACGAUGGUCAGAUGUAUGUACAAGAGAUUCAUUAG